CUCCCGCGCGGGCCUUUCCUCCGGCGGGUCCCGCCCGCGCGCCCGCCUCCAAGACUCCACUCCAACCCAGCCCGCCCGGCUAAAACCCUCCCCUGUUCUGACUUCUGAUGUUCGUCCUCACAGCCACCACCAGCACCACCACGGCCACCUCACUUCUCCUCCGAUGCCGUCCACUCCCCUCGCCUAAAACUGUAACACUUGCCACGCCUCCUGCUAUCCUCCCCUUCUGCAUCCGCUCCCGCUUCUCCGCCUCCGCCUCCGCCUCUGCAUCCUCCGUCUCUCCCCAAAGCCGUGCGACCGCGGCAGCCGCUGCAGGCAAAUCCAGGGAGAAGAAGCCGCCGACCGCGAGGGCGAAGCGGGCCGACGCAGUACCUGCAGCGGCGGCGCCUGGAAUGUCGGCCUCCGGUGGCGGCUCCGCUGGGAAGCGCACGGUGGCGGACGUGCUGAUGGGGAACGCACGGGCCGCCGCCAGCAAGGCGAAGAAAGCAGCGCCGUCUCCGAAGAAGCCGCAGGCGAAGACCGACGGCGCAGAGGUCGAACCGGAGGCUGCAGCGGUGGCGGAGAAACCGCCUUCGCCGGCGAGGUCCAAGCGGGCGUCGUCCCCAGCGAAGUCCCCCAAAUUGCUGCCUGAUGGGUCUACCUCGUCGGCUAAGUCCAAGGGUCCAGCCGCGCUCGCUCAAUUGGAUGCGGCGAAGGAGAAUCCCCCGUCGCCAAAGAGGUCCAAAACCCUAGCCGCUAAAUCCGACACCCAGCCUUCUGGUGAAGGUGUUGUUGGGCUUGGGCACACCGAUGGGAAGAAGGGGUCACCCUCCCCGACCAAGGCUAAAGGCCAAGCUUCCCAAUCAGAGGAGAAGAAGCGGGCCGCUUCACCCAAGAAGGCGAAAACCACAGAUUCCCCGAAGACAGAGAAGAAUAUCACCCUAGAGCUAAAGAAGAAAGGCAGUGAGUUUGACCCAAUGGCUGUUGCCUAUUGGAAGCCUGGUGAACCCGUGCCAUUCCUGUUUCUGGCUCGCGCACUUGAUCUCAUCUCCAACGAGAGUGGCCGUAUUGUUAUUACAGAAAUCCUAUCAAAUGUGUUUCGUACAGUGAUGGCAACAACACCGGAUGAUCUCCUUGCAACUGUAUACCUCUCAGCCAACCGGAUUGCGCCACCUCAUGAGGGGAUUGAGCUUGGGAUUGGGGAUGCAUCAGUCAUCCGUGCACUUGCAGAGGCAUAUGGACGCAAAGAGGAGCAUGUUAAGAAGGACCUCAAGGAAUUGGGUGAUUUGGGGCUUGUGGCAAAAGCAAGCAGGUCAUCACAGAAGAUGAUGUUUAAGCCAAAACCACUGACAAUAGCUCGUGUGCUUAGCACUUUCCGGACAAUCGCAAAGGAAUCAGGCAAAGACAGUCAAGAUAAAAAAAGAAACCAUAUGAAGGGACUUCUUGUUGCUGCAACUGACUGUGAACCCCAGUACAUCACACGCCUUCUUCAGUCAAAGAUGAGGAUUGGGCUAGCAGAGAAAACUGUCCAAAUGGCGCUAGGGCAAGCUGCCGUAUAUGCUGACAAAAAUCCUUUGCCACCAAAAGUUCAAUCACCUUUCGAAGAGGCUGCAAAAAUAAUUAAACAAGCAUAUUCGGUUCUUCCGAUAUAUGAUAAAAUUGUCCCAGCGAUACUCGAAGUAGGAGUUUGGAAGCUUCCAGAGACAUGCAAAUUUUCCAUAGGUGUCCCUGUUGGCCCUAUGUUAGCAAAAGCAACAAAAUCUGUCUCAGAGAUCAUCGACAAGUUUCAGGGUCUUGAAUACACUUGCGAGUACAAGUAUGAUGGUGAAAGGGCUCAGAUACAUUGCAUGGAGGAUGGUUCAGUAGAGAUUUAUAGUCGCAAUGCUGAAAGAAACACCGGAAAGUAUCCAGAUGUUGUUGAUGCAGUUUCUAGAUUCCGUAAGGCUACAGUCAAAUCAUUUGUCUUGGACUGUGAAAUUGUUGCCUAUGAUCGUGAAAAACAGAAAAUUUUGCCUUUUCAGAUACUUAGCACAAGGGCUCGCAAGGGUGUCACCAUAAAUGACAUCAAAGUUUCAGUCUGUACUUUUGGCUUCGAUAUUCUUUACAUAAACGGGAAACCUCUUCUCCAGGAACAACUCAAAAUUCGUCGAGAGCAUCUUUACAACUCCUUCGAAGAAGUGCCAGGUGUUUUUAAAUUGGCUACUGCAAUUACAUCAAAUGACCUGGAGGAGAUACAGAAAUUUCUUGACACAGCUGUCAACUCGAGUUGUGAAGGGUUGAUUAUCAAGACAUUGGAUAAAGACGCAACAUAUGAGCCAGCAAAACGUUCAAACAAUUGGUUGAAACUGAAGAAGGAUUACAUGGAUAGCAUUGGAGACUCUUUGGACUUGGUACCUAUUGCUGCCUUCUACGGUAGAGGAAAACGAACAGGUGUCUUUGGAUCAUUCCUCCUCGCAUGCUAUGAUGAGCAGAACGAAGAAUAUCAAACAAUAUGCAACAUAGGUACUGGAUUUUCUGAGCAACAGCUUGAAGAACGUUCUGCGAGCCUUCGAAGUAAAGUGAUAGAAAAACCAAAGGCAUACUAUAGAUUUGGCGACACAAUGAACCCCGAUGUGUGGUUUGAGCCAUCAGAGGUCUGGGAGGUCAAAGCUGCCGAUCUGAGCAUAAGCCCUGUACAUCGUGCUGCCAAUGGUAUAGUCGAUCCAAAUAAGGGUAUCUCUCUAAGAUUCCCUCGCCUAUUGAGAUUACGUGACGAUAAAAGCCCAGAACAAGCCACCACGUCUGACCAAGUCGCUGACAUGUACCGGUCUCAAAAGAUCAACCACGGUUAUAACCAGGAGGAUGAGGACGAUGACUGAUGUUGACUUAAUUCUUGUUGCUGGAUGGGAUGGUUCACUGUGUAUUGACCGGAGAUUGCAUUUUCAGUUGUUUGGUUCGUCCUGAUUCGAACGGCUUAGGGUAUACUCCGAUUUGUGCAUUUGCUUUGCGCACAACUUAUCCCCACGAACCCGCACGCUGUCUUUAUGAACCAGCAGCAGAGGCGAUCUUCAUGCGUUGGCGCUUGGCGGUGCGUUCUGGGGCUGCUUGGAUUCGGAUACAUCUGGCAUUUUGAGCGCAAACCUGCAGGCAGGGACGUCGGGUCUGGGGUUUCAUUAGCGUCAUUGCAGAGAUCACAGGCACCAUUUUUCUCCAAAGAAAGAUCACUAGCUAGACAACAUCAUCAGCACAGCAAUGUUCUUGAGAUUUCUUCUUGCACACACAUGAUGCGCUCUUGAACGAAGAGCCUGCAAGUUAACAAAUUCACUCUCGGUUCACUGGCCAAAGAAACAUAAUUGGUGGAACUCAUCUGGGCUGUCUUCCGCGCACUGCUGCACUCCUCAGAAAGGACAUCAUCAGUUUGUCACUGAUCAGCGAAAGUCGUGGCGGCGACACGCCUUUCACUCCUCGUCACUGAAACAGCAGCAAAUCUCUCACACGGUGGCGGAUGGAGACUUUUGAUAUGGCAUCUGAAAUUUUUAUA